AGAAAUAAAAAACCGCUUGAAAUAUGUACAAAAGAAGAAACCGUCUUGAAUCCACUAUGGAGGACCAAAAACCCUAGCAAGGAUCCACACGCUCUCAAUCUGAACUCCCGUCGAGCUUCGCAAUUGGCAACUCUUGAACACAAUUCCCCCAUCGUAAUUCUGUCCAUCAAUCACCAUGUCCGGCAGUCGAGCCAGAAACUUCCGCCGCCGUGCCGACGACAAUGACGACGACGACGAACCCAAUGGCUCCGCCGCCCCUUCUUCAAUCAGCGCUUCUAACGCUUCAUCAAAACCCUCUUCCACCUCCUCUGCCGUUGCCAAUAAACCCAAGAAGGCAAACCCUCAGGUGCCCAAGCUUCUCAGCUUCGCCAGUGAUGAAGAGAACGAUGCCCCACUUCGCCCUUCGUCUUCCAAAUCAACCAAUUCCAAGAAGCCUUCUUCUGCCCGACUUGCCAAGCCUUCAUCCACCCAUAAGAUCACUGCAUUAAAGGAUCGCAUCGCUCACUCCUCUUCAAUUCCGGCUUCUGUUCCCUCCAAUGUGCAGCCUCAAGCUGGAACUUAUACCAAGGAGGCCCUCCGCGAGUUGCAGAAGAAUACCCGCACGCUUGCGAGCUCGAGACCUUCAUCCGAAUCUAAGCCUUCUGCCGAACCUGUCAUUGUUUUGAAGGGUCUUCUUAAGCCCGCUGAACAAAUCCCGGACAGUGCUAGAGAAGCUAAAGAGUCGACCUCCGAGGAUGAAGAAGGGGGUAGUAAUGCGAAGAGCGCUGGUUCGCUUCGGAGGAGUAAGGAAGACACCUUAGCUCGAAUGGCUUCAAUGGGGAUUGGCAGAGGAAAGGAUUCAUCUGGGUCGUCAAUUCCCGAUCAAGCGACCAUAAAUGCAAUUCGCGCGAAAAGGGAACGUAUGCGACAGGCUGGGGUUGCAGCGCCGGAUUAUAUAUCGUUAGAUGCAGGUAGCAACCGUACCGCGCCGGGGGAGUUGAGCGAUGAGGAGGCAGAGUUUCCGGGGAGAAUCGCCAUGAUUGGAGGGAAGCUAGAGAGCUCGAAGAAGGGCGUGUUUGAGGAAGUUGAUGAGCAGGGAAAUGACGGGGUAAGAACGAAUAUUAUUGAGCACAGCGACGAGGAUGAGGAGGAGAAAAUUUGGGAGGAGGAGCAGUUUAGGAAGGGACUGGGAAAGAGAAUGGACGAUGGUUCUACUAGGGUGGAGAGCACUAGUGUCUCUGUUGUUCAGAGUGUUCAGCAGCAAAACUUGAUUUACCCCACUACAGUUGGGUAUAAUUCGGUGCCUAGCAUGUCUACGGCUACAAGUAUAGGAGGUUCUGUUGGUGUUUCACAGGGUUUGGAUGGGCUAUCGAUAUCUCAGCAAGCUGAGAUUGCUAAAAAAGCUAUGCAAGAUAAUAUGGGGAGGCUGAAGGAAUCCUAUCGGAGAACUGCAUCAUCGGUGUUGAAGACUGAUGAAAAUUUGUCUGAAUCUUUAUUGAAUAUCACAGCGCUUGAAAAGGCUCUUUCUGCUGCUGGGGAGAAGUUUAUAUUUAUGCAAAAGCUUCGUGACUUUGUUUCCAUUAUCUGUGACUUUUUGCAGCAUAAAGCUCCUUUCAUAGAGGAACUCGAGGAGCAAAUGCAGAAACUGCAUGAAGAACGUGCUUCUACUGUCGUGGAAAGAAGAGUAGCUGAUAAUGACGAUGAAAUGGUGGAGAUAGAAAUGGCUGUAAAAGCAGCUACGUCAAUCUUGAAUAAGAAAGGGAGCAGCACUGACAUGAUUGCUGCAGCCACAAGUGCAGCCCAGGCAGCAAUUGCCUCAUCAAGGGAACAGGCAAAUCUACCGGCUAAGUUAGAUGAGUUUGGUAGAGAUUUAAAUCUGCAGAAACGUAUGGAUAUGAAGCGGAGAGCUGAGGCUCGAAAACGCCGGAGAUCUCAAUACGAUUCCAAGAGACUAGCAUCCACAGAGGUUGAUGGCCAUCAAAAAGUAGAAGGAGAGUCUAGCACUGAUGAGAGUGAUAGUGAUAGUGCAGCAUACCAGUCAAACCGUGAUUUAUUGCUUCAGACUGCUGAACAGAUUUUUAGUGAUGCAGCUGAGGAGUUUUCCCAACUUUCUGUGGUGAAACAGAGGUUUGAAGAAUGGAAGAAAGAUUAUUCAGCAACAUACCGAGAUGCUUAUAUGUCAUUAAGCAUUCCUGCUAUCUUUUCUCCUUAUGUGAGAUUGGAACUCUUGAAGUGGGACCCCCUACAUGAAAAUGCAGAUUUCUUUGAUAUGAACUGGCAUUCUUUGCUAUUCAAUUAUGGUAUGCCGGAGGAUGGAGGUGAUUUUGCUCCAAAUGAUGCGGAUGCUAACCUUGUCCCAGAACUAGUCGAAAAAGUUGCACUUCCAAUAUUGCACCAUGAAAUUGCUCACUGUUGGGACAUGCUUAGCACACGUGAAACCAGAAAUGCAGCUUUUGCUACAAGCUUGAUUACUAACUAUGUUCCAACAUCAAGUGAAGCUCUUACAGAACUAUUGGUUGUUAUUCGCACCCGUUUGUCAAGUGCUGUUGAAGAUCUUAUGGUUCCUACUUGGAAUGCACUUGUGAUGAAAGCUGUUCCAAAUGCUGCUCGAAUUGCAGCAUAUCGGUUUGGCAUGUCCGUUCGUUUGCUGAGAAACAUAUGUUUGUGGAAAGAAAUCAUUGCACUGCCCAUUUUAGAAAAGCUUGCUCUUGAAGAGCUCCUGUAUGGGAAAGUUCUACCUCACGUUAGAAGUAUCGCGGCGAACAUCCAUGAUGCAGUCACAAGAACUGAGAGAAUCAUUGCUUCUCUUUCAGGAGUGUGGACAGGACCCAGCAUCACCGGGGAUCGCAGUCACAAGUUGCAACCAUUGGUAGAUUAUGUUCUGCUGCUGGGAAGAACAUUGGAGAAAAAACAUAUUUCAGGCAUAGCUGAGAGCGAGACAAGUGGACUAGCUCGGCGAUUAAAGAAGAUGCUAGUUGAGCUGAAUGAAUAUGACAACGCAAGGGACAUUGCUAAGACCUUCCAUCUCAAGGAGGCAUUAUGAGCUCCAUCCAAUGGGCAUCUGGUCUGUUCUUGGACGAUGUAUAUUCGUAUGAAACAUUGAUGAGGUUUGUCGUCUCAAAGGCGACCGUCAUUCUUAUAGAAUCCACACCAACUUUAUAAGCAAAUGCAGCUUUAGAUUUUGAAGAGAGCUCAGCUAACUGCGGAGUUAUGACCCAUGAGCAUUGAAUAAAUGUAUUGGAUGUCUUAGAUUCAUACGUUGAAGGAAGGAAGAGAGAUUUUGAGCGAAUAACACGAACAGUUCUUGGAAAACAUAUGAUUGUUAUGGCCAUUUUCGAGAAUUCCCCUUCCAUUUAUUCUUCGUCAUGGGAAGUUUUACUGGGUGCAAUGUACUGUAAUUUUGAAAUUUAGCUUUCUAAAAUAAAUUGCAAAAGGGAAACGAAUCAAUGGGUUUUAUUAUUUUUAGGUUGA